AAGAGGCAUCGAUUGUGGUUUGUGUGCACAACUUCUCGUCGUAGUCCGUGACGAAAAUGGCAGAAAAUGUGACAAAUUGUACAGACAAUAAACAAACUUUUUCAAACGGUAACAAACAGUGGGUUAAGCUGAAUGUAGGCGGGACUUAUUUUUUAACCACCAAGACCACCCUCUCGAGGGACACCAAUUCGUUCCUUUACAGACUCGUACAAGAAGACAGCGAUUUAAUAUCUGAUAAAGAUGAGACGGGGGCGUUUUUAAUCGACAGAGACCCCAAUUAUUUUUCUCCCGUCUUAAAUUACCUUAGGCACGGUAAACUAGUAAUAAAUAAGGGAUUAGCGGAGGAAGGUGUGCUGGAGGAGGCCGAAUUUUACAAUAUAGCCGAACUUAUUACUUUAGUGAAGGAGCGAAUUAUGCAUAGGGAUAAUAGCCCGAACAAAAACGGAAAAAAACACGUAUACAGGGUGUUGCAAUGCCACGAAGAUGAACUUACUCAGAUGGUGUCUACAAUGUCAGACGGGUGGAAGUUUGAGCAGUUGAUAAAUAUUGGCUCUCAAUAUAAUUACGGUGCUGAUGAGCACGCGGAGUUUCUGUGUGUGGUCAGUCGGGAGUAUGGGGUAUCGGAAAAUCAUGAGGUUAGGUGCGACAGAGAAGACAGGGCGAAGGUGCUGCAGCAAAAGGGUUCUCGUAUGUAAAUAUACACUGACUGGAAACUCAUUUUGUGUUAGUUGUUCUUUUGGUGUUAACAUAGCUGAAGUUUCUGAUCUCCAGCAAUAACAUGUAUCGCGGGCGGUUUGUUUUUUAUGAUUAUGGUAAAGAGGUAAAGAGGACUGUGUCAAAAUUAACACCAAAGAUAUUAAAAAAUCGACCCAUAUUUUUAGAUUUUUUUUCUGUUAGCCCGUGAUAGACAAACAUGGCUAUUUCACUGACAGCAACAUUGAAGGCUAUUUAGCAUUAAGCGAAAAUAUUUAUAGUUGGUAUAUAGUUAGGGCUAAGCGGAAAAUAAAGAUAUUUAUGAUAUUGCCUUUUUUCUUAAAGCAAACGCCCAAUGAUGGGGCGAACUACUUGACUUUUUCAAACUGAUGAAGGCUGUGUUUGUCUAAAUUUUAGCAGAAUUCUGCUCCCGAUGAAUAUUAGACGAAUUUUUUUUUCUCGUGUAGUUUUAAAAGGAAGCUUUGCUCGCCGCUGUAUGGUGCGAAUUUGAUUUUCAGUUGUCGAAAAAUCAAAUCGAUAUAGAAUAUACUGGACAAAAUUUUUUAUUUUUCUCUAUGUAGUAAACUUUGAAUUUUUUGUACUGACAUCAACCUCUGCAAAUCAAAUUUGCAACACUCGGUUUUCUAAUUCCAUUAACUAUAUCGAUGUGUUUACAUGUGUUGGAACAAAAUGAUUUUAACAGUUAGAAUAAUUGUUCCCAAGUGUAGAUUUCAUUGGGUCACCAUUAUACCUUGUUUUCACAGUUGCAAUAAUCCCUAAAAGGUUCACGUACCUAAUGGUUAAUUAAGUCUUGUGUACGCUUUUUAACGUUAUUUUAUCUCCACCUAGGACUGAAAGUGCAACACCACCUAAUAAUCGGUUUGUUAUAAUACUUACUUAUACUUUGUUAAAAUGCCCGAAUUUAUAUUCAUUUUUUAAUAAAAAACUAUUUGUG